CCAGGGCAGGCUGGGAGAUGUAGUUCCUGACCCACCUGAGGCCGGAAAUGACGUUACUCCAACCUACGGGCGGAGGCGGUUAACGGUGCGCCUGAGGGGGCCCCGCUCGCUGAUUGGCGAAGAGACCUUGGGGGCAGCCGCCCGGACAGAGACUCCCGGAGCCAGGGGCUGCAACGUUACGUCCCAUCCUUCCAGGGACCAGGGAAGGGAAAUGGCUGCCGUGGGGCCAGUUCAGGGGCCGGUGACUUUCGAGGAGGUGGCUGUGUAUUUCACUGAGGAAGAGUGGGCUCUGCUGGACCCCGCUCAGAGAGCCCUCUAUGGAGACGUCAUGCGGGAGAAUUAUGAGAAUGUGACCUCGCUGGGGUUCCCAGUUUCCAAACCCGAUGUCAUCUCCCAGCUGAAACGAGGGGAAGAGCCGUGGGCCCCAGAUCUCUGGGGCUCAGAGGAAAGAGGGGUCCUGAGAGGCAGCCGCGUGGGUGAGGGAUGAUUAAACCUACUCAGUGCUUGAAGGAAACAGCUGGGAUUCCCAACAAAGACCUUGUGAGGUCUCUGGGUUCAGGAUGGUCCCCAGCAGGUGUCGUAUCCUCAGGGCAGAUACUGUUCAU